AUGAAACGGGGAUCUGGCAGCAAAGGCGGAAAGAUCACGUGCCUGGUGGUAACAUUAUGUGCAGUGAUCUUAGUUUUGUUGCUGUUGGUGCUCUUAGCAUUUACAGUGCUCAAACCACACCAACCUAUUAGCACAGUGGACAGCAUACAGAUUGAGGACAUGAACUUGAGCAUGGACAUAUUCGAGAUGAGUAUAGAUGUGAAUGUGACAUUGGAAGUGGAUGUUUCAAUUUACAACAGAAACAAGUUUGGAUUCGAAUACCAUAAUAGCUCUGCACAACUCUUCUACAAGGAGGAAUUGAUUGGGGAAGGCCCUAUCCCCAAUGGAGAGAUUUUAGCAGAGGAGACUAAAGGCAUGAACUUGACACUCACUAUUAUGGCUGACCGUUUGGUCUCCAAUAGUGAGAUCAAAAACGAUGUUGCAUCAGGUUCAAUCCCCCUAAACACCAUAGUGAGAAUGUUUGGCACCGUCAAAGUCUUGGGCUUUAUCAAAUUCGACGUGGCUUCUACCUCAUCUUGUGAUUUCAACCUCGACAUUUCCUCUAGAAAAGUUGUGAACAAUAACUGCAUAUCCAAGACAAAGGUUUCAGGUUGA